AUGCAAUGGAAUAACGAUUGUCUUACGGACGCCAUUCAAUCUGAAUUGUUCAUUCGAAUGAGGGCCGGUCGGGCGGUACUGAUCGCGGGGAAAAAGCACCCCGAUCACUCGAACGACGGUCCGGGGCGUCGUCUCGCGAGCGGUCCGAGGUUCGUCGCUCGCGCCGCAGCUUACCAGCACAGGCACGCGAGCGGCGAUCCGCGGCAUCGUCUCGCGGGCGGCGAUCCCCGGCGCCGUCACCACAACGGCGGCCCCGGUCCAGACCGAGAAGUCGGAGCUCGGCGGUGGCGGACCGUGUGGCCGCUAUGGUCAUCGACGACAGAGAAAAGGAUGUCCAAACAAAUAAAUAAUAAAAUAUAAUCAAUAUA